AUGCUCCGACUCGCUAUCCCCGUCCGACCCGCCGCCGCUCCUCUCGCACGCCUGCACUCGCCCUCCGUCGUCCGGCUCCGGCUCACCGCGGCUUCGUCGCCCAUCCGCGCAUUCUCCUCGACUCGGUUCACGCAACUCGACACCGAGAGACAGACGAGCCAUGCGAGUCAGUUCCCGCCGCCGAGCGUCCCCAAAGACCCGCGACGACGAAUCCUCCCUUCGUCGGCUUCCGCCUCGUCAAGAGCCUCUCCCUCACCCGCAUCCACGCAGACAGAGCCUCCAGCGGCUUACCCCUCCUCCACUCCACAACCACCCAUCUCCCCACCGCCCUCAACCGCCCGCCUCCCGCGUCGCCGCAUAACCUCAAUGACGGACCUCCCCUCCUCGUUCGGGCGCAACCAAAUCAUCGAUGUCCCUCCCGAAGUCCAGCGCGACUUGGAGGACGUCAUGAAGAGUUUCAAGGCGCCCGUUAGAUAUGCGUUUGCGUAUGGGAGUGGGGUGUUUAGGCAGAAGGGGUAUGCGAAGGAGGACAAGCCCCUCCUAGACUUCAUCUUUGCCGUCUCCCACCCCUCGCACUGGCACGCCAUCAACAUGCAACAACACCCAGACCACUACUCGCUCCCUAUGCGUCUGAUGGGUAGCAACGCGGUUGCGUGGAUGCAGGAGAAGGGACUGGGGGCGGAGGUGUGGUUUAAUGUGGAUGUCGAGGUUGAGGGGAAGCUUCUCAAGUACGGCGUCAUCUCGAUUGAUGCGCUCUGCCGCGACUUGCUCGACUGGGAGACACUCUACAUCUCUGGUCGGACGCAGAAGCCCGUCCGCAUCCUCCACGACGACGCGCGCGUGCGCCUCGCGAACCAAGUGAACCUCGCCUCGGCCCUCCGCACCGCGCUCCUCCUCCUCCCCGAAUCCUUCACCGAAGUCGAGCUGUUUGAAGAAAUAGCCGGCCUCUCCUACCGCGGCGAUUUCCGCAUGCGAGUCGGCGAGAACCCGCUCAAAGUGCGCAACAUCGUCGCGGCUCAAUUGGGCGCGUUCAGGGGUUUGUAUGGCGGGUUGUUGAAGAGUUUUUGGAAGGCCGUGCAUGUGAUUGGGGAGGUUCCUCCUCCCUCGGGAUUGGGGUUGGGAGAGGAGGUUGGAGGGAUCAGGUUGAUGAGGCAGGACUUGGCGCCUGUCGUCCGCGCGCACACGGCGAGUCGACUCCCCGUCGGACUGAGGGACAAAGUGUUGGGCCACUACGAGCGGAAGUGGAAUUUGGAGGGCGCGUUGACGGGCCGCGAGAGGGAGAGAAGGGAGAAGGAGGAGAGUGGGGAGACGGAGAAGGGCGGGAUUGAUCUUGUGGGUCAGAGGAUGUGGGAGAGGAUUGUCACGGAUGACGAGUUCAAGGAGGUCAUGAACAGGAGUCUCGCGCAGAUCGUCGCUCGCCCAACGUUCAACCAGUCCCUCAAGGGCAUCCUCUCCGCCGGACCCGUCAAGUCCCUCCGCUACGUCAUCCCCAAGCUCAAAAAGAAGUGGGGCAAGGCGACGUCGCCCUCGCUUCCUGCGCCUGCGCCGUCCUCGGAGGUCAAGAAGGAGUAG